CUUUGUCGGAUUCGGCGGUCUCGUUGGAUUUUAGUCUCAUUAUGCUAAAUCUCAAAUUUCUCAUCUUCUGCGUGAUCAUCGUGAUCUUUGCGAUUGUCAACUCGGACGCCGGCGACGGAGUGGACGUGAAAGUUUGUCAGGUUGCCGAAAAUGUUGCUGUAUACUAUUUUCCAAAUCAUUAGUGGAGAUAAGUGCGGUAAGCCAUCGAUUGCCCAUCACUACUAUCGUUGCGGUGAUGACACCAACGAAUGCUGUAUUGCUCUUGAGAUUUGGGUGUACAUUUUGAUGGGGGUCUUCAUCGUGUGCUGCU